AUGGCCGAAGACGCGGACAUGCGCAAUGAGCUGGAGGAGAUGCAGCGAAGGGCUGACCAGCUGGCAGAUGAGUCGCUGGAAAGCACCCGUCGUAUGCUGCAACUGGUUGAAGAGAGUAAAGAUGCUGGUAUCAGGACUUUGGUUAUGUUGGAUGAACAAGGAGAACAACUGGAACGCAUUGAGGAAGGGAUGGACCAAAUCAAUAAGGACAUGAAAGAAGCAGAAAAGAAUUUGACGGACCUAGGAAAAUUCUGCGGGCUUUGUGUGUGUCCCUGUAACAAGCUUAAGUCAAGUGAUGCUUACAAAAAAGCCUGGGGCAAUAAUCAGGACGGAGUGGUGGCCAGCCAGCCUGCUCGUGUGGUGGACGAACGGGAGCAGAUGGCCAUCAGCGGUGGCUUCAUCCGCAGGGUAACAAAUGAUGCUCGAGAAAAUGAAAUGGAUGAAAACCUGGAGCAGGUGAGCGGUAUCAUUGGGAACCUCCGUCAUAUGGCCCUGGAUAUGGGUAAUGAGAUAGAUACACAGAAUCGCCAGAUCGACAGGAUCAUGGAGAAGGCUGAUUCCAACAAAACCAGAAUUGAUGAGGCUAACCAACGUGCAACAAAGAUGCUGGGAAGUGGUUAA